AUGUUAUUUGGAUCAAUGGCUAGGAUUGCAUUGACCGCUCGAUUUCAACAAGCAAUCACUCCCAACGCCCUCCGAUCUUAUGUUGCCGAGUUCAUAUCAACCUUCUUCUUUGUGUUCGCUGUUGUUGGCUCCAUGAUGUCGUCAAGGAAGUUGAUGCCGGAUGCAGCAUCAGACCCAGCUAGUCUGGUGAUGGUUGCCGUCGCCAACGCCUUCGCAUUGUCCUCGGCAGUGUACAUUGCAGCCAACAUCUCCGGCGGCCACAUCAACCCGGCUGUCACCUUCGGCAUGGCGGUCGGAGGACACAUUAGCGUCCCCAAUGCCAUCUGCUACUGGAUUUCUCAGAUGGUGGCCUCUGUCAUGGCUUGCCUUCUCUUGAGAGUCACUAUUGUUGGACAGCAUGUUCCGACGUACGGAAUCACGGAAGAGAUGACGGGUUUCGGGGCGUCGGUUUUGGAGGGCGUGCUGACAUUUGGGCUGGUGUACAGUGUUUAUGCAGCCGGUGACCCAAGGAAUGGUGCUCUUGGGGGCAUUGGACCCCUGGCAGUUGGGUUCAUGGCAGGAGCUAAUGUUUUAGUAACUGGACCAUUCUCCGGUGGGUCCAUGAACCCGGCUUGUGCAUUCGGGUCGGCAGUCGUCGCCGGCAGUUUCAGGAACCAGGCGGUUUACUGGGUGGGGCCUCUGAUUGGUGGGGCAGUUGCUGGACUACUGUAUGAUAAUGUGGUGUACCCUACCCAAUCUUCUCCGGAUCCUCUUACGGGGAUUUCUCUUACGGGAAUUUCUGGUUGACUUGGGGUUUAAAUUAAUUAAUGUUUCUUAGAUAUUUGCAUUAGGCAUUAAUCUUUGUUUGUUUUGUAACAUUUUUUUUUAGUU